UAUAAAAUACAUACAUUCUUCAUGGCUAUAUAUUGAACCUCCGACACCAGGGGGAAAUCAAGAACCAACGAAAAGAAAGCCAAUCUGUAACACUCCUUUAUUCAUCCAGCGUUUGUUCACUUAGAGAGUGGCUUUGACGCUGUCCUUCCUUUGUGCUGCUUGAACAAUACACCUUUUAAGGCAAAGCACAUUGUUCGAACACUCCCUAUAUAAAUACUAUCACUCCUUACUACCCCUUCACACAGCUCCACAUAUACCCUGCACAUUCCUUUCUACCGUGAUCAUUCACGCUCAGAAAUGCACAUACUAUCCACGCUCGCCCAAGCUCUAAGCCUCUGGGCCCCCCUUGCUGUGGCCGCAUACACACUACAAGAUGACUACGGCACGGACUCAACUUUCUUCGAUAAAUUUAGCUUCUUCACAGGCAGUGAUCCGACCCAUGGCUUCGUCAAAUACGUUGACAGAGGCACGUCCCAGAACACAGGCCUAAUCAAAGCUGACGGAUCCGUCUACAUGGGUGUCGAUUACACAAACGCCGCACCAGGCGGCCGCCAAAGCGUCCGUAUCAGCAGCAACAAAGCCUACAACCACGGCCUUUUCAUUCUAGAUCUAGCCCACAUGCCCGGCAGUAUCUGCGGAGCCUGGCCAGCAUACUGGCUCCUAGGCCCCAACUGGCCGAAUAACGGCGAAAUAGACGUCAUAGAAGGCGUAAAUGACCAAACUAACAACCAGGUAGCCCUCCACACUAGCGACAGUUGCACAAUUAACAACUCAGGCUUUUCCGGCUCCCUUCUCACAAGUAACUGCUACGUCAAUGCCCCCGGCCAAGCCAACAACGCAGGCUGCGGUAUUAAAGAUAACUCGGCCCACUCCUACGGGAACGGGUUUAACAAUGCCGGCGGCGGUGUGUAUGCCACUGAAUGGACUAGCGAAGCUAUCAGUGUUUGGUAUUUCCCACGUUCCAGCAUCCCCGGUGAUAUCGGUAGUGGGAAUCUGAAUCCGAGUGGUUGGGGGACGCCAUCGGCGAGGUUUGCCGGAGCUUGCAAUAUUGAUUCGCAUUUUAAAGAUCUGCAGAUUAUCUUCGAUACGACUUUUUGUGGGGACUGGGCUGGCGGUGUUUGGGGGUCGAGUAGUUGUGCCUCAAAGGGAUCUUGCAAUGAUUGGGUGGCUAAUAACCCUGCUGCGUUUAAGGAUGCAUUCUGGCGUAUUAACUCGCUGAAGGUUUAUCAGGGCGGGGCUGCGAGCGUUGCAAGCAAUGUGACUGAGUGGAAGAUGGAUGUAGGUGUCGGAAAACGUUCGUUUAUCAGACAGCGGAGGGAGAAUUGGGGGAACUGAUCUUGUAGGUUUGAGGAUGGUGUACAUCCCAGGUGGGAUUUGAUAUACCCUGCAUUUUGUAUGGACAGACUUUUACUUUCGUUCAUGGAUGUACAUAGGGAUCUGAUAGCUGUAAAUGGCGACAUUCUUUAUGCAUUUAACCCCAGAAAAUACUAGACAAUCAGGUAAACUAUGUCAAAGAGCGAGGUAUAUCGAACGGAAUAUAUACAUUGCGUUGUAAAUAUGCACCCUGUGCGCCUGUAAUUAUACCAAGGAGGCAAUAACAGUCGAUAUGUUGUCCGCUUACUGCGGUGUCCAAUCGUGCAGUGUACGGGGACAUCACUCCGUAUAUCCAAGAAUAUCUCUCUGAUCAUCAGUCAGCCG